AUGACUACAUUUUCAACACUUCCGACUUCACCACCGACAACGUCAUUGCGAUAUUUUUUGGGGGAAAAUAUCUUUCGUUUUGUUUUUGCUGUAGACGCGUUAUCCGAAUGUUAUUUCAGAGUUACUGAAUUAAUCUCAUAUAAGAAUAUUACUGAACAAUUGAGCUUCUUGUUUAUCGAAAUGUUAGAAAAAUCUAAGGAAAAAUCGACAAAACAAAAAGGGAAGAGAAGGGGAAGAACUUUCAGCACAAUAUUUAUCAAUUUACAACAUCUUGUAACUCACUGA